AUGAAUUCGAAAUUGAGGAAGAGAAGUGCUCCGGGAUUAACUUACGUGACAAUCGAUUCGGGACUCGCGCUGGCACGGAAAGUUUUACGGUAUUGGCAUUGCACGACGACAAUGGCGGCAUUGAGUUACAAUUUUAUUCCUUUGGUGAAUCAACAGAAGCAGUUGCCGUUACCUGCUUGGUAUCCAUUUGACGUUUAUGAAUCAAAGUUUUUUGAGCUAUUUUACGUGUUAGAAUCGUACGGACAAACAUGGCAAGCUCAACAAUUCGCGAAUGGAUGUGGAACAGCUGCUUAUGUCUUUGUUCUGAUAACCUCUCAGAUCGAUAUGCUUUGCGCUAGUAUCAAAAAUAUUCCGUAUACGGCUCUUAUUCGUCAUGGAAUCAACAAAAAUCAUCUUUUAAAAAUGCAAGAAAACUUGAAAAAUACCUAUCAGGAGAUCAACCAAUUCUCGACAGGGGACAAAAUUGAGCUUCUUGAGGAUUUUUCCCUCUAUGAAAGUGUUUAUUUCGUUCAAUCAACUUCCCAUGAAGUACUUUCCGACUUCAAUUUGACUCCAGAUGCCUUUAAAAAUCCCAAACUCAAGAAAUGUUUGAAAGAAGCCUUUAUUGAUUGCAUCCAUCAUCACGAAGAGAUCAUUAGCAUGUCCAAGGAUUAUCAAAAUUUGAUGAGUACGUUUUUCUUAUUGAAACUUGCCGAUAUCACGGGACUCAUGACACUGAUUUUAAUUGCGAUUACGACAACGCAAGAUUCUACUCGCGCAAUUGUUUUUUGUGAGUAUUUGACAAUUCCAUCGAUUGAACUUUUCAUUUUGUGCUAUUACGGAACAAAUUUAACUCAUCAAAGCUCGAAACUAAUAAAUGCUGUUAUGAACUCCGAUUGGUAUUUGUACGCUGGCGCAUUGCGUUCUGAAGUUUCAAUUUUCUUAGCAGAGACGGUAAAGCCGAUUUUUUUCACUGGUUCAGGAUUGUUUAGAAUUUCCAUUGAAACGUUAAUUUCCGUUUAA